CGCGCUAUAAAAGAUGAAAGCAUGGUUCCCAGUGAAUGCAGUUGCCAACCCGACAUGAAGGCGUUUGAAUCAAGCUCAGACUCUGAGUCCAAUUCUACUGUAAUGGUAAAAGACGGAAAACUGUCAAGCGAUGGAUUCGAAGAAGAUCAGACAUCUGGGAAGGUGGAUGAAAGUCAAGUACAGUCUUCAGAACAGAAUAAUGACGAUAGUCCAAAUGUUCCACAGAAAAUACACUCACUUCCUAUCAUCGAGGAAGAUCAGACAUCGGAAAAGAAGAAAGAAAAUCGAUCAAAAGAACGGGAGGUUAGACAACUUGUUGUGGAAGAAAGGCUAACUUUAAUCAACGAAGAUCAGACGUCGGGGAAGAAGGAAGAAAGUCGCUUAAGGGAACGGGAAGACAGACCACUUGUUUUAGAAGCAAGACACUCACUUUCAAUAGCCGAGACGAAGAAACGUCGUGCGAGUGUUUAUUGUGACGGAAAUUUAUUUAUUCCCAAAGAACUGGCUCGAAGUGAGGUGCAUCAGCGCAGAUAUUCCUCAGCUGUGAAUACCCUAGAUCAAAUUAGCAGUAACCGUGAUUACUGCAUACGUAUGCUAAAGUUUCCCGUAGGAUUAGGUCGGGCUCGUUAUGUGGCCCAACAACUGAGAAGGAAAAAGUCAAAAGAGCGAAAGCUGAGAACAGAAAUUGAACUUGAGAGGCACGUGGACACAUCGGAAACGGAAUUAGGAAUUAAAGAAGAACCUAUUAGCAUUCCCAAUAUAACUCCAGAGCAAUCGGAUACAAAUCAACUGUACAGUGAUGACGAAUGUUGCAUUGUUCUGGAAGAAAUUGUUGAAGCAAAUGCGUCAGAGACUGAGGACGAUGGGACUGACGAAUUGAUUGACCGAUUGUCCCAGCAGCAGCUUAAGAAAGCCUCUAGCUUGGAGUUAAGACGUCCCAAGGAUAAUGAAUUGCUAGCGGAUAUACAGGCUGAGCAACAUUUACCCAUGUUUCGUUGGCAUUUUCCAGUCUGCGACGGCAGCAGUAUUAAAAUGGGUCUCAUGGAAGAUUCACACAAUAUGAAUGCUGAAAUUUGCGUGGGCUUCAGCGAAGUGGAUGCCACAGCAACUGUUGCAGCGGCUGAACAACAGGAGAGUGUAGAAGAACAACAACGUCAGCAACAUGUUGCUGCUGUUCCAAACCGCAUGCCAACAGCAACAUCCUGCUCUCAAUCGUUUGAACCACAAGUUGAAAACUUGGCACUGCGACAACAUUUAAUGCAUCGCAUUAUUUUGCCACGCAUUCACACCGAGGAGUUUCCACAAUCGACUAGAGUAAACAAUAAUACUAUAAGUCUGCUGAAUCAAAACCUGCAGCAGCACUAUGUGGAAUCUUUGCUGCCAAGCGAACUGCUGCAGCAAUAUGAGAAAUAUGCAUUUAUACAGACAGCACCACAGGAGCAACAGCAGUCACAUACUUUGCGGCAGCAACAAUCAGAUUCCUUGUGGCAGCAACAGCAAUAUCAAACCGCAUAUCAAGAGCAACAGCAUUUGGAAGCUAGGCGAGAGGAGCUGCAGCAACUAAACGCGCAUUAUCAGCGCUUAAAGUGUCAGGAGGAUGAGCAGCUAAGGAGCCUAAAUAAAACCCUUAAGGAUGUCUAUGCUGAUCGAUUGCUCAGUGAGCGACAACAUGCCGACUAUCAUCGAAUGUUCAUGCACAAAAUGGUCGAGAGUAAAAAACAGGAGGAACACUUGCAAUCACAGAAGGAGCACAUAAAGAGGCAGUUAAAGGCUGAACUUGGCAAUUUGGAGCAACGUAUUGCAGAAAAGCGACUACAGUUGCAGGAGCGCAACAGGGCAUGGCAAUGCCAACAACACCAAUAUCAUCAGCAGCAGCGACAUCAUCAGCAGCAGCAACAUCAACAGCAGCAGCAACACUCUACCACAGCAACAACGGCAGAAUCCUCGCAGGACACAUGCCACAGCCACAAACGUCAUGAAUCCUGCUACACAACACUUUGCACUGAAGGAGACGACAAGAAUCUCAUCUAG